AUUAUAGAGUCAUUCGUCACAAUUUUGCACGCUCUACCCAAGAUGGCUUCCACGACGUGGCUUCUGAGACCCCUAGUACAUAGAAAUGUCGCACAAAUCGCACGGCAGCGAUGGUUUACCUGCAUCAAAACCCUAACGAGAUUCAUUUCUUCCGACUCGACGGAGAAUAUCUUUAAAGACAAACCACGCUACCCUGGUGCCAUGAAUUGCUCGUUCACGGAGAAGCUGGAGUUUGUAGACCCAAUGGAUCCGCAAGGGAUCAUUCCAGUGUAUCGUGUCAUGGACAGACAAGGGAAAAUCAUCAUCGAUAGCCACGAUCCAAAGCUUCCAGAGGGGACCAUUGUUGACAUGUACAAGAAAAUGACACUUCUAAAUACCAUGGACCGCAUCCUGUAUGAGUCUCAGCGACAGGGCCGCAUCUCCUUUUACAUGACAAAUUAUGGUGAAGAAGCAACUCAUUUCGGCAGUGCUGCAGCCCUCGAGAUGGAGGAUCUCAUUAUGGGGCAGUACCGAGAGGCUGGGGUGCUUAUGUGGAGGGGGUUCACACUAGCUGAUUUCAUGAACCAAUGCUAUGCUAACCAGCAUGAUGCUGGGAAAGGACGGCAAAUGCCUGUACAUUAUGGCUCUAAAGAGUUGAAUUUCGUGACAAUUUCUUCAACACUAGCAACUCAGAUGCCACAAGCUUCAGGUGCUGCAUAUGCCCUCAAGAGGCAAGGGAAGGGUAACUGCGUUAUGUGUUAUUUUGGUGAUGGUGCAGCCAGUGAGGGUGAUGCUCACUCUGCUUUCAACUUUGCCGCAACUCUAGAUGCCCCUGUAAUAUUUUUCUGCCGAAAUAAUGGAUAUGCAAUCUCAACCCCAACACGUGAACAAUACAGAGGUGAUGGCAUUGCCUGUAGGGGAAGGAGCUAUGGAAUGCUUGCUAUCCGUGUUGAUGGAAAUGAUAUUUUUGCUGUGUACAAUGUUACUAAGAAAGCAAGGGAAAUUGCCGUCAAUGAGAACAGACCUGUAUUGGUGGAAGCUAUGACUUACAGAAUUGGCCACCACAGCACUAGUGAUGAUUCAUCAGUCUACCGGUCUCUGAAGGAAGUUAAUUACUGGGAUAAGGAAGACCAUCCCAUAUCACGACUGAGGUACUACAUGGAGGACAAGGGAUGGUGGGAUCAAGACCAGGAGCAGCAAUGGAAGAAAGAAGCACGCCUACAAGUCAUGCAGGCUUUUGCAGAUGCUGAGAAGGCCCUCAAGCCACCAGUGAAGGAACUUUUUUUGGAUGUGUAUAAGGAGUUUACUCCCCAUUUACAGGAACAAUACAAAGAGUGUGUUGACCAUGUUGCCAAAUAUCCACAUGAAUACCCCACAGAGUUACACGCUAAAGACUAAUUGUCUGCUUGGAUAUCCUGAAAUGCUACAUAUUCAAGGGGGAAACAUGGGGAAAAAAGAUAGAGAAUGCAAGAAAGAAGCCAUCCUUCUUAACUUUAGGUAUGCGUCUGCACCAAAGAUCCUCUUUAUACCUUUGUCUGAGAUUUAAGAAGACCAGUUUAUGGUUGGUAUAAUUAAAAAGACUACAGACAAACUGUAGAAAAACUAAAUGGUCUGCGUAGGCGUGGUGUAGACAAGGUAUAAAUCAACACAAGGUUGUGAAACAAAGUAGUUAAGCUGAUGUUUCAUCUGAGACCUCUUUUGCUCCGAUGAAAAUAAUGCUUAAAACGUCAGUACAACUACUGUACUCUGUCUCACAGAGGUGUUCAACAUACCUUUUCAACCUUGUGUUUUGGCACAGCCACAGAAAGAUGAGAUAUGUCAUGUACUCUUUUUUUUUUAGAAAUGUGGCGGGUUCAGACCACAUUGAUUAAUGAAUUCCUGAUUCAAAGCAUAUAAACAUAAGGCAAUUUAGCCUCAGCCUUGGCUAUAAAAAAUUCUUGUUUUUAUUUUCUAGAGCAUGUAAGGAGGCUAAAUGUUUAUUAUAUGUCCCAUUUUGAUGUUUCAAUUUGUUACAAUUGUUUACAACAACCACAUGACCGGUUGGUGCAAAUCUAACACAAUUUGUUGGCAAACACCAAGGGUCAUUUGCUAUUAUGGAAAAUACGUCUAAGGUAUACCCCUUCUCUAGAACAUAGUGCUAUAAAACUUCCUACUGCAAUAGCGAGAUCAUGGACUUAAACUAGAAAAUUUCAGAGAUGUUUAUUCAGAACAAUCUGGACUUUUCUAGGAUUUGGAUAUCUUUUGCAUAUUUAUAAAACACUGGGGAUGUUAAUUUGUGCACAAUACUGAAUACUUUGUAAAAACCUGAAAAAUGUACUGAUAAAGCAGAUAUUUCUUUCUUA